AUCAUACUACGUAAUAAAAAGAAUCUGGGUAAAAUACUUAAUUGAUCGAAUUGUAUUAAUUAACUUUCAGCUCAGUGGACUCAAUGUGAGUGCGUGUGUUAAGGUGUUGGAUUCCAACUAUUCCAAGGUUUCCAAGUGUAUCUUAAACAAUCGUCUUAAUGCAAGUGUGCUGGGCAGUGCUAUAUGCCUUUUUCUUCGAUGACAGAAAAAAAGUGCUGUUAAGAGCAACAUAGACGAAGAAAAGACAACAAAAAGCCAGCACAGCCCGAGAAAACACAUCCAAAUAUCUAACAGGUUACUUAAGCAUUAACCUCGUCGUCUCUUUGGUCGUCGUGUCUCUGGAGUAAAUUUAUAUAGGUAUACAUCUGUUUAGAACCUAACAAGAGGAAGAGAAAUCGUCAGCGUGGCGCGACUCCGGAAGAAAAAAUAACGAAAGAUGGAUAGGUUAAAACGGAGGUGGGCUGUGCUGGCCUUGAUUAUGUUCUUAGUUGAGGUCCAUGGGUUCUAUGUUCCCGGAGUUGCUCCAGUUGAGUUUAAGAGAGGACAGAAUAUUGAUGUUAAAGCUGUCAAAAUGACCAGCACCCGUGCACAACUACCGUACGAAUAUUACUCUUUGGAAUUUUGUAAACCUAAAAAAGGAACGUUAAAGUAUAAGUCAGAGAAUCUAGGAGAGAUUCUCAGAGGUGACAGAAUCGUCAACACUCCUUAUAUAGUUGCAAUGGGUCAAGAUGUUAGCUGUAAACUUUUGUGUCAUGGUAAAUCAAAUCCUAUGAAUUGGAGUGAACAAGAUUCUCUCCGAUUCAUUGAGAGAAUCAAACAAGAGUACACAGUUCAUUUGUUGAUUGAUAAUCUACCAGCUGCUACAAAGAAAAAAAAUGAUGACAACACUAUUGUUUAUCCAGGGUACAGAUUAGGUGGUGUUGAUAAGAACAACAAAGCCUAUGUGAACAAUUAUUUGAAAUUUAAAUUAAGUUACCACAAACAUGCUGAGAAUCAGUUCCGAGUCGUCGGUUUUGAAGUGGAAGCCCAUUCAAUAGAUUAUAAUACAGUAGAAUUUGAAGACGAAACAUGUAAAAUCAAUCUCAAUGAGCACAAACUGCAAUACGUCAAUCCUAAGUUGACUAAAAUACUAUUCUUCUAUUCCGUUGAGUGGAGUGAAUCAGAAAUUAGUUGGGCAAGUAGAUGGGAUGCGUAUCUUGGAAUGAGUGAUGUGGAAAUUCACUGGUUCUCCAUUGUCAACUCUUUAGUUGUUGUCUGUUUCUUGUCAGGUAUUUUGACAAUGAUUAUUGUUAGAACCCUACGUAGGGAUAUUGCUAGGUACAAUGCUGGAGAUAGUGAUCUCGGACUUGAUGAAGCAAUCGAGGAAACUGGUUGGAAACUUGUUCAUGGAGACGUUUUUCGACCACCAACAAACAAUCGCUUAUUUGCUGCCGUAAUUGGUAGUGGAAUACAGAUAUUUUUCAUGACACUGAUAACAAUCUUCUUUGCCAUGCUGGGUAUGCUUUCGCCAGCUAGCAGAGGAGCUCUUGGUACAUGCGCGAUUUUCCUGUAUGUUUUCUCAGGGCUUAUAGCAGGAUAUUUUUCUGCAAGAUUAUACAAAACUAUGAAAGGAAAAGAAUGGAAAAAAGCUGCGUUUUUGGCUGCAACUUUAUAUCCCGGUAUUGUAUUUGGUACAUGCUUUUUCUUGAACUUUUUCAUUUGGGGCAAGCAUAGCUCUGGAGCAGUUCCAUUCUCCACAAUGGUGUCGUUACUUUGUCUCUGGUUUGGCAUUUCUUUGCCUCUCGUGUACCUUGGUUACUUCUUUGGAUACCGAAAGCAACCAUUUACACAUCCCGUUAUAACUAACCAAAUUCCUCGACAAGUACCAGAUCAACUUUGGUACAUGAAUCCUAUCUUGAGUAUUUUUAUGGCUGGUAUUUUGCCUUUCGGAGCAGUCUUCAUUGAGCUGUUUUUCAUAUUGACCGCGCUAUGGGAAAAUCAGUUUUAUUACGUCUUUGGUUUCUUAUUCUUAGUUUUUUGUAUUCUUGUGAUAUCAUGUUCUCAGAUAUCAAUCGUCAUGGUGUACUUUCAACUUUGUGGAGAAGAUUACAGAUGGUGGUGGCGCAGUUUCAUAGUCAGUGGUGGCUCAGCAGUGUACGUACUGGCUUAUUCCAUCUUUUACUUUAUGACCAAACUGGAGAUAACGGAACUCGUACCGACUCUUAUGUAUUUCGGAUACACUACGUUGAUGGUGCUCACGUUUUGGCUGCUAACCGGGACGAUCGGUUUCUUUGCAGCUUACUCGUUUAUCCGAAAAAUUUAUGCAUCCGUCAAAAUAGACUAGUCGUACUAAACUGACUCUGAUAAAUCAGUGAUAUUCUUUCUGCCAGAAGAAAGUUAACUACGAAAUAGUUGUGAUUUGAUUAAUUGUAAUUUUGUUCUCUAUGAGAAAAUUGUUGCAAUGUUUGAUUACAUUUUCCAGUUUCUAAUGGCAGAAAAUUACUAUUACACACGUGAAAGGGAUCAGUUACUUUUUAAGUCUUGUAAAUCUGCUGGUACAUUGUAUUAAAUAUAUUCUUUAGUUGUAGCAUUUAAGUGCGCUGAUCCGAAAAUAAUUUAAUUGCUUGAGUGUUGAAAAAAUGUUAAUUUUUUGAAUCAAUGUGUACAAAUCCUUGAAGAUCGAUCGAGAAUUAACUGUACAGUAUGAGCUCACUUCAACAUGUUUGCAUCUUGCGCGUGUAAAUAUAUAAAUCAUCGUUUUAUAUAGAAUACUUUGUAGAUUUCAAAAUGUAUCAUUUCUUAAAAUUCUGAGUAAACAAUUAUUUAUAAAUAAA